AUGGCGUUCUUGUGGAGCAAUCCGGUUAAAAAGCUAGAAGAGGAGAAGCGAUGGUCCGAGGCAGCAGAGAUUCACAUGAAGCAAGGCAUUGACAGCCAAUCCAAGAACAAUAUCUCCGAGUCGGCGAUUUCCUACACCAAAGCAGCUGAGUGUUUUCGGCGAGACGGCUCCACGGACAAAGCGGUCGCGGCGUGGCACCUCGCGAAGGUUGCGUGGAAAAAACUGGGACCUUCUUGCCAUCUCCUGGCAGCGAUCUGCUCAAAGAACAUUGGAGAGCUGGAGAGCAACGAGCGGGCGCUUGAGGCGUUCAAGGAGGCCUCCGUCCUUUUCGGGAAUACCAAUCUCAAGGAGUCACUGCGGUGCCAGAUCCGGGCCGCCAACCUGGCCGUGGUCAUUGCGAAGUUUGGCGAGGCGACCCAGAUGUUUGAAGCUAUUGCGCGUAGCACCCCAACGCCCUCCAAGGUGAAUGUGAGAUCGUCGCUGUUCAAGGCUGCCGUUUGCCGCGUUUUAGAUGCGCGGUACGGGGAUCUCGAUAGAGUGGUGAAGCACGAGUACGAGAAGCUAGAUCCCGGGUUUGGAUCCAGCACAGAGUUUAGAAUUGUCCAAGGUCUUUACCUCUCAAUAGACAUGGAGGAUGAGCAUGGGUUUUGUGAUUCCGUGGAUGCUUGCGCCAAGAUGUUUGGUGCCAAAGAAACAUUAGUGAAAGAACUCUUGUACAAAUGUUAUACUGAAUUAGCAGCCUUUUAA